GCAUCUUACAUCAAAUACGGCGAGUGUAGCGCUUACAAAGCGUCUGUAAUGUGAUGUGACCAUACGUGAUUUAAGCAGUGUUAAAUGACAUACUGUGGAAUUCGUGAAGAUUAUUGUAUUUUAAGAUGAUGUAUGAUAAAAUUGUAGAUUCCACAUUCAUCUAAGUCCUCGGCCGGGGCGCUCACACUACGGCUCGAAUUCUUAUUACAAACUUUUUACACGUUUUAAAUAAAAUUCUUAAGUGAAUCAUGAAUAUUCUAUAAAUUAAUUAACAUUCACGUGGUAGAUUUAUGUUGAGUCGUGCAUGCGCAUAUUUUAUCCUGUUGCGUUUUUUUUUUUAGUGUAAUAGUACGAUUUCUUGCGUCGGCUCUAUGUAUUUAACGUAGCCGCUUCCAGUAGAUCGAUAAUGUUUCUACGAAUUGUCAGAGAAAAUGUUACUCCAGCGAUAAGAGUGGUGCAUUAUAUGUAGAAAAUAUGUGGUCUGAAAUUGUUGAAUAUCUGAAAGAUGCGUCCUUGGUCGCAGAGAUUCAAAAAGCGUUCGGAGUGAAAAUCCAUCGUGAAAGGAAUUUCAAAGAACAUCACGAUGGUAAUUCCAUCGACGAGACGCGCGAAAUCACGUUCACAAAGUUUGAACAGGACUUUAACAACUGUACACCGAAUUCUGCGGAAUCGAAGAAAAAUGGUCACAUUGCGAUCGCAAGAAAAUCUAUCAACGCAGUAGCUGCUUCGAACGACGAACAAAAACGUUUGCCGUCGACCUCGGACAGUUCGGAUUACACCAUAUCAAAUUAUUUCUGGUAUUAUUUAUUCCUAUUCGGAACGCAAUUGGGAGAUGAAAUAUUUUAUUCCACCUUUAUACCAUUUUGGUUUUGGAAUAUCGAUUUGGUGAUCGGUAGACGAGUUGUUUUAGUGUGGGCCAUUGUUAUGACCACAGGCCAGAUACUGAAAGACAUUAUUUGCUGGCCAAGACCUGCAUGCCCACCAGUAGUUCGAUUGCAAACAAAAUGGUCAGAAGAGUAUGGUAUGCCAUCUACUCAUGCCAUGAUUGGUGUAUCAAUUCCUUUCAGUGUAGUAUUAUUUACAAUGAAUAGAUAUAUUUAUCCUUUUUCUAUUGGGUGGAUGAUUGCUUUUCUUUGGUGUACGCUUGUGUGUAUGAGCAGGCUUUAUUUGGGCAUGCACACAGUGUUAGACAUUCUUGCAGGCUUAAUAUUAGCUAUUGCAUUAAUGGUUCCGCUGAUACCCUUGGUGGACAUGACAGAUUAUUAUUUUGUCUCCAAUAUUUGGGCUUUAGCAAUUCUAUUUGCUACUGGCAUACUUGUUGUAAUCUAUCAUCCUAGAAGUAACAGGUGGACACCGACCAGAGGUGACACGAGUAUGGUAGUGUCUGUCGCCACCGGAGUUCAUGUAGGGGUAUGGUUGAAUUAUAAGACUGGUGUAAUGAUAACUCCCACGCACACACCACCAUAUCAUAUUCUAUGGCCUUCAAAUGCAAUGCUUGGUUGCUUGAUACUUAGAACAAUACUUGGAUUUUGCAGCAUUCUUGCAACAAGAGUUGUGUGCAAAUCUCUUAGUUAUGGGACAUUGUGUGCCAUAUUAAAAGUCAAUGCCAAGGACCUUAUGAAGAGUGAAAAUUCAUUGGAAAAUAAGAGUAAGGUUCUUGUUGAUCUAGUCUCUAAAUAUCUAACUUGUUUUAUGAUAGGUGUAAAUACAGUAUGUCUCAUACCAAACGUUUUUACAAUGAUUGGAAUAGAGAGGCCAACGUUUUACACAGAGAUAUGAAAAUAAUCAAAAUGGUAUACUGGAUAUUUUAAAUUUAUGCAAACUAUGAAAUGCAAUUAUCAUCAUCACAUGUUUUACAUUCCAAUACCAAUGCUUGUGAUAUUGUUCUUAUGUACAGAAAGCAAUUGUAUAUAAUCUGACAAUUUGUUUUUACAGCAUAUUUGUUGGAUAUUCUAUAAUAUUCCUUAUACAAAGCAUAAGUUGUGUUCCCCAUAAUUGUUAACUAGGAUCAAUUCAGAGUUUGUAUUGUUUGUAUACAGAUUUUCAUUCGACUUCAUAAGCCUAAUAAUAAUCGUGCUCAUUAAAGUUUUAUUGUUCAAAAAAAAAAAGGAAGAAAUAGUAAAAACCAAAAGAUA